AUGCCAGGAGAGACCAAACAUGCGCCACAGGCCGAUAAUGGUCAGAAAAAAUAUGAGCGUGGCGUGAAAGCCCGUUUUUACCAGUAUUUUAGAAUAACUAGUGCGUUUUUGUAUGCGGCUUUGGUAGCGCGAUGGGCUAUCCUGUACCCUCUUGUUGGAUCGAAGUUUCUGCCUGGAGGGAUCCACGAGUUCCUGUGCUACUUGAUGGUUUAUGCGGGGACAUUAGAGAUGGUGUGGAGCUUUGUGUUUCACGGAUUGAAGAGAACGCUGUUCUCUAGAACUAUGCUGAAAAACACCAACUUGCUUUAUUUCGUGAGUGUCUUACACUUUUACGACGACUUUGAGCAUGCUCCCGUUUUGAAAAGUGAAGCUUAUUCAAGUUUCAUAGUUGCCCUGGGCCUCAGCCAGACAUAUUGCCAUUGGUGUAAGCUUUUCCGAUCGCCGAAGUAUAAGAGGAAAACACUGUUACAGAAACUUGACACUUUUGCAACUUUGCCAGUGCUAUAUCUGAGCGAAGGUUAUUUGCUGCUGCUUAAUUUGCAAACGCCAAAUUUCCACACUAACGCCUGGCUUCAGAUCGUUAACAAAACAGUGCUGGUGGCUUUUAUCCCCAUCUGCCUGCAUUCCCUCAAAAAACAAGUCGCAACUCAAUAG